ACUUUCUGGAUUUGUGAGGUUAUGUAAAAUUUCGUAAAUCGUAAAUCGAAAUUCUCAAUACUUAAACUUGAGUCCUUAGACGCUAUUAACAUUUGUCGUAUUAUGUCCGGUUUUAUAUUAUAACAUUUAUCCAUGUAAUUAAUUACUCCGUUACUCUGGUCUAAGAAACUUACUAAAUUAACUAGCGUCUAAACAUCUUAGACAGCUAUAAUGCUGUGCAAUAAAUUACUGAAGUUCGCGAGCAAAACCGUUCAAACCGUGUCCACAAACCGAAUAGCUGUUGCUGCUGCAUCGAGCCUAAACGCGAGAUCGUUUUCAGCACCAAUCAGUCAGGAAUAUGUUGUCGACAAUACGGUAGCACACAAAACGUUUUCCGACACUAUAAUACAAACCGUCAACGAAGCCGUAAAAAACAAUAACCGAUUGUUUGCUGUCGUACAUAUAUGCGGUAAGCAGUUCAAAGUCACCGACAACGACCUGGUGCUGAUAGACGGUUACUGGCCCCCAAAUGUCGGGGAUCGUAUCAAGUUGCAAAAAGUGCUGUUGGUCGGUGGCAAAGACUUCACGCUGAUCGGCAGGCCCGUUUUGGACCCAGACACUGUGCAAGUCACCGCGACGGUGGUUGAUAAAGACCUGUCCCACACCAGAACAAAUUUCGAGCGUAUCAAACGUAAACAAUACAUGAGGAUUAACUUUAUACGAAAAGAAAUUACAAUACUCCGGAUCAACUCUGUAUUUAUAACACAAAAUAUUGAUAAUAGAAAAGAAGUUCAGGAAAUGGGAAGACGUGUAAUGUAAUCGCAGCUUAGAUAUUUUUAUAUCGUACGAAUUGAUUGUAGUUAAGAUAAUAUACCUUUGUAUAAUAAAUUGUAAUACACUUAGACUGUUUUAUUCCUAAUUAAUGAUUUAUCUGAAUAAUAAUUGGUUAAAUACUUAUGUUAAA